AUGGGCCCCUGUACCGCCUCCUCAUGCUGCUGCCAGGCCCGUAAUCUGCCAUGGGCCCCCGUACCGACUCCUCAUGCUGCUGCCAGGCCCGUAAUCUGUCAUGGGCCCCUGUACCGCCUCCUCAUGCUGCUGCCAGGUCCAGAGUGUGUCAUGGGUCCCUGUACGGCCUCCCAUUGCUGCUGUCUCUAUCGCCACACUCUGCCAUGUGCCACUUUCAGGUCUCCUCACACUGCUGGUGGUUUCCAUUUUUGUCAUAGGGUGCUGUAUGGCCUCCCAUUGCUGCUGCCUCCACCGCCACACUGUGGCUCCACACUCUGGUUUUGGCCCCGUGACUGCCCAAAUGAGUGAAGUGUGCGGUGAUUCUAAGAUCGACGGCACUCAUCUGCAUGUCAUACUGACUGACAGUAUUAUUUCUCUUCCCCAGCAGACUCCAAGGGCAUUUAAAUUAAAGGUACAGUGUUCUGCACUAAUAUUA